AGGGUCAAUAGUUUUCUCGAGUCUGACACACAACACGUGAAGAAAGAAGUCCUUCCUUUGGUAGUGUUGUUAACUUUAUUUUCCCACCUUUAUUUGGUUCCCUGUGCAUGUGACCAUUGUUGGUCGUAUCUCUUGACUUAUUCCUUCACACAGAGUCCACACACGUGUUGUGUAAUAUAUUCACUGUGUGUGUAUUUAUACUCUCAAUAGUUCUGCAGUUCUUGUGUCUACUUGUGUCCAAAUGUCAAUCUCUCUCAAGUUCCUUCUUUGGUCAUUUCUUGCUCUCUUGCUUCUUCAAACAGGUUUUGGAGAAAAAUGUGACAGCAAAAGCAGUGAACCAAUGGUGAGACAGACGCAGGUGAAGUUGGUGGGAGAAGGGAAUAAGAAGUUCAGAGUUGAAGUGAUGAACAAAUGUCCAAUGUGUCCUAUCAUCAACCUCCGUCUGAAAUGCCAAGGCUUUCCUCAGCCUCUUGUGGACCCUACGCUCCUCCGUGUUCUCUCCUCUUCCGCCGGAAACUGUGUGGUUAACGACGGCUUGCCGUUGAGUCCAAUGGAGACUCUCUCUUUCAACUACUCAAACUCCUACCAGUUUGCUCUGCGUCCUCUUUCUUGGUCUUUCCAGUGCGAAUGAAUCAUCAAUAAUAAAAUACUUAAAAAAUCAAUAAAAGUAGUUCUCAUUGCUCAUCAAAAUCUAUAUUCAGACCACCUUUUUUAACCA